CCUCGGGCGCCUGGCUGUGGUGUGGGAGGGCGCGGGGGGGAGGCCGAGGCGGCUGCCGAGUCCAGGGCGGGAAAGGGCCCCCCGGUUUUCCCCUUCUCCCCUCCCCCCGGUGCUGACGCUUAACGAAACGAGAAAGGGAAGGCGCAGGAGGAGAGAGGCGGCCUCGCCGCGGCCUCCUGGGUCUCUCUGCCUCGGGAGGGAAGCGGAGAGGCCUGGAAGCCUCCUUCGCCCUGGACACUUUGCUGGGGCGGCGGGGAGGGGAGAGGUGGCCUCCGUGUGCAGCCCCGCACCGCAGCCGCCUCCUGCGCUGGCCGUGGAGCGAAGUGUUUUUAAAGAUUGAAGCGAGUGAUUUUGGAUAGAACUCAAGUUUGUCAGAAGACUUUUUAAAGAAAGUUGUUCCACAGUGCAAGUGACUGCUUUACUCUUGAGUGACUUUACAGGUGCUUGCCUGCGUUGCAAUAAAAGACUCGUAUAUUGAGCAGGACCUUAUUUAUCUCUUCAUCUUGGAGAGUCUAAUAAACUGUUACAGUUUCUGUACUCACAAAGUUUUGAAGUUGAAAAAGACAUCUUUAUAAAGGAAAACAUGAGUACAGCCAGAACAGAGAACCCUGUUAUAAUGGGUCUCUCCAGUCAAAAUGGACAGCUGAGGGGCCCAGUAAAACCCACUGGUGGUCCAGGAGGCGGGGGAACACAGGCUCAGCAACAGAUAAACCAGCUGAAACAUCCCAACACAAUCAACAACGGCACUCAGCAGCAAGCACAGAGCAUGGCCUCCGCUAUCAAACCUGGCGAUGACUGGAAGAAGACUUUAAAACUCCCUCCAAAAGAUCUGAGAAUCAAAACUUCGGAUGUGACAUCCACAAAAGGAAAUGAAUUUGAAGAUUACUGCCUGAAACGGGAGUUGCUGAUGGGGAUUUUUGAAAUGGGCUGGGAAAAACCAUCUCCUAUUCAGGAGGAGAGCAUUCCCAUUGCUUUGUCUGGGCGGGACAUCUUGGCUAGAGCUAAGAACGGAACCGGCAAGAGUGGCGCCUACCUCAUUCCCUUACUUGAACGGCUUGACUUAAAGAAGGAUAACAUACAAGCAAUGGUGAUUGUUCCCACACGAGAACUUGCCCUGCAGGUCAGUCAGAUCUGCAUCCAGGUCAGCAAACAUAUGGGAGGGGCCAAAGUGAUGGCAACCACAGGCGGAACCAACCUGCGCGAUGACAUAAUGAGGCUUGAUGAUACAGUGCACGUGGUGAUAGCUACACCAGGGAGGAUUCUGGAUCUAAUCAAGAAAGGAGUCGCAAAGGUGGACCAUGUCCAGAUGAUAGUUCUAGAUGAGGCAGACAAGUUGUUGUCCCAAGAUUUUGUUCAAAUAAUGGAGGACAUUAUUCUCACGCUACCUAAAAACAGACAGAUCUUGCUAUACUCAGCCACCUUCCCUCUAAGUGUACAGAAGUUUAUGAAUUCCCACUUGCAGAAACCUUAUGAGAUUAACCUGAUGGAGGAACUGACGCUGAAGGGAGUUACCCAGUACUACGCCUAUGUCACUGAGCGCCAGAAAGUCCACUGUCUCAACACGCUCUUCUCCAGGCUCCAAAUCAAUCAAUCAAUCAUCUUCUGCAACUCCUCCCAACGGGUGGAACUUCUAGCUAAGAAAAUCUCCCAGCUGGGGUAUUCGUGCUUCUACAUCCAUGCAAAGAUGAGACAGGAGCACCGCAAUCGCGUGUUCCACGAUUUCCGGAAUGGCUUAUGCCGCAAUCUUGUUUGCACUGAUCUCUUUACCCGAGGUAUUGAUAUCCAAGCUGUGAAUGUUGUGAUAAACUUUGAUUUUCCAAAGCUGGCAGAAACAUAUCUCCACCGUAUUGGCAGAUCAGGACGAUUUGGGCACCUUGGCCUAGCCAUCAACUUGAUCACCUAUGAUGAUCGGUUCAACCUGAAGAGUAUUGAGGAACAGCUGGGUACAGAAAUCAAGCCCAUUCCCAGUAACAUUGACAAGAGCCUAUAUGUGGCAGAAUACCACAGUGAGCCUGUAGAAGAUGAAAAACCUUAACCGCUGCGCUUUGCUUAAACACACAAGCUAAAGCCCUUUGAUCCGGAUAUGUGAUACAUUGUUUCUUUCGGGAUGCCCUUCUCUUUGUGGGUUUUUCAUCUAUUUGUUUUGAAACUAUGAAGAUUAAAGAGCUGAGUUUUUUCCCUUUUUUUUUUAAAUCUGGCUGUGAGGAUGGAAGCAGAAGAUAGGAAGGAAAUACCUUUGUUUUUCCCACUUGUUUGCACUGUGUGCUGACUGAACAUUAGUUGCACUAACUGCUGGUUUUAAUUUCUUUCUUUGUGGUGGAGAAGAAGAACUCUGGAAAGAGAAGACUCCCAAACUCAAGCUUCACUGCAAUUUCAGAUUCACCCACAGCCGCCUGACUGAGCGCAUUUCAACUUCUCCCUGGCUCCUCAUCUGUCUUUUAAGCUAAAGAGCUUGUUACUUAUUUGUGCAAAGUGCCUUAUGCUAUGAGACCAUUCAGAAUAUCACCUUUCAGAUACAGCCCAAGGAGUCAUUUUGGUUCAGGUCAAAGUCUCUCUCCCCACCUCCACUCCUUUCCCUCCCCCACACAAGCUGGGCUGGGAGGUGACACUUGUCAGUAAUACUUUUUUUAAACCUUUUUUUUUUAUUGGAGGAGUUGAGAUGCAGUUGCAGUUGGCCCACCCUGUAAAUACGUAUAUUUAAACAAAAUAACCUGGACCACCUGGGUUGAUUGAGUACAACAUGGACGCUCCAGGAGGAAAGAGCCACUUGCCACCCACCUGCAACAUGGAGCCAUCCGAAAAGCCCUUGUGCUCUUGGAUGGAGAACGCUGCAGAUGGGCUUCCGUGAUUCUCUGUUGGUGGUCACAGCACUUGCCUCAGAGCUGUGGUGUUUUUUCCUUUCUGAAAUGUGUUCCUCAGAAAAUUGGAUGUGUAUACUUGUACAGACUCUGUAAAUAUGUGUUUUUUCUGUUAUGGGUUCAUAUAUAACUUUCUUCCUUUUUUCUUGUUUUUGAUGAAGUUUGCUGGGGUUAAAGGGAUUAUAGAUAGAUCUUGACAGCAGCUAACGGUGAGAGGGGCUCAGUUUUCUGCAACACUACUCUAUGCCAAGCACUGCGACUACAGACCUGGAAGAGAUCUGGGGGUGGGGGAGAAGUGUAUAGCAAGCCCUUCUUGGAUUUCCCCCUGCAAAAAAACUCCAGGAAAGUGGCAUAUGUAUUGCAGGGGGGCAAAGGCCGCCUUUGCUUUAUUGCAAAGCAGAACAGCAUACAAAAUGUGGAUUUGGGACUAAAAAGGGCAAAAGCAGUUCACCACUUCCAGUGUUCUCUGGGAUUGGGCUGCCACUUGCAGCUUCUUUGUGACUUUGUCUCAAGCCUGUCUGUCUAGAGACUGAAGCAGGUCAGGGCAAUCCUCUUGCCCCUGCCCAAGCCUUCACUCUCUUCUCCCUUCUCUGCUGCAGGAAUUGUGCAUGCCUUGUAUAUGACAGGCACAAGCUGUAGGUCCAAGUAGUGUUGCUUUAAAUUGUGCCCCUCCCAACAUGCUUGAUGUUUGGCCUGAUCUGCAGGCAAAAGGAGUGAGAGAACUCAAACUGUAAACUUCUUAUGAAUUCCCUUCCAGCCUGACCAGCAACAGGCCGCCAGGAGGCACCAGGGCAAGCACAGGCCCUCUUUGCUCAUAGUCAGAAGCUGCACUUGCAACUCCCAUCCUGCUUUCUUUCCCUGAGGAACAGAGUUACUCUCAUUUCUUCCUCAAUUGGAAAAUGGCAACCUUACCCAACCCAUUUCUCAGAGGUCUGUGCUAGAACCAGGCGCUUCCUGGCUGCACCUUUCAAAGUGAAUAUGUUUUGUCUAGUAACUCCACAAAAUAACGUAGCCGAAGCUGCACUAAAGUAUCGCUCCACUGCUGGGGACUGCGCUGCAGCUGCAUCAGACUGGCAAGUACUCUGUGUAAUUGGGGGGGGGGGGCUUUGUGGGUAGGAAAUUCUGACCGAAAGCAAAACCUUGCUUUUUUGCUGAUGCAGCCAGUCUUUUGUCUUCCCAGCAGAGGAGAGGAGAGGAGGGGGUCGUUUUAGUGCAAAGGUGACAAGUGUGCAGGAAUCUAGAAUCUUUGAGACAGCAUGCACAUCUGACAUGGUGCCAUGAGUUGAGGUGGCCGCUAUGCCCUGUGCCAUGCUCAUCUGGUCACUCUUGAAGCACAGCAUUUUUAAAUGGAAAGUAUUACUUCAAAUGUGGCCUCCUAGCAGAGGAGCAGCAUUUGCCUAGAUUCAGCACCAUUUUGGGGUGGCUUUUGUUGGGUCAGGGAGCCACCAGGUGCUGGUUAGUAGCCCUCUCUCUCCAGGGCAUACUAGAGGGCCAUGUAAAUGGAAAGAUGCUCCAUACACUGACUAGGUGGACCCUGGUCUUUUUUCUCCCCCUGUUCCUCCCUCAUCUGAAAACCAACCCUGAAGAUUGGGGGUUCUUGUUCCUUAAAACUAAAUUGCCAACAUACCUGCAUUCAUUGCUGCAGCCUAGAGCAAUGUCUUUUUUGUUGCUCUAGGGGUCCAAAGAGAAUAAAACACUGAGGUACUUGUCGCUGGCUUAGCCCCUGAUGUGUGUGUCAAGUUUAGCCAAUCUAUAGGAUGAAAUCCCUCAGAGCCAGGGGCAAAGCCAGAUGUGAGAUACCUUCAGUGUGCUCUUCCCAGAAUGUGCUGCACUUGUCAGAGAUUGCCAGUGGGGGGCGGGGGUGGGUAGGUCUUAUUUGGCUUUUUUUUUUUCCCCUCCAGAAUGAGAUGGGAGCAUCUUUCCUUCACCCUCUUGCUUUUGUGUGUGUUGUGGAGCUGGACGAGAUCAUGGACACAGGAUACAAAAGCAGAAGUGCUAACAGGCAUCUCAUUCUGAUUUUGUUUUAUUUUAGGGGUGGUUUUGCACAGGACUUGGGAAAUCCUGCCAGCUAAGGGAGGCGCUGUGUGGCUUCUGUUGUAUGCUGGUGUGUGGAGUUGGCGCCAGUAAUAGGCUGACCUCUGCUGCUGUUGCCAGGCUUACCACUGGUUUGAGCAAAGUGAACAUUGCUUGUGGGGCACAGCCACAGCCACUCUUCCUUCCUUGACCGAACGUGGGAAGGGUGAUCCCAGUUGGGGGGCAUGCUAGGCUUGCCGUGACUCUUCUAGGUUGGGAAGAUGGCUGCAGAAAGAGCUGUGAUUUGCCUCUGCUGUGCAGGAUCCUCCCUUCUGGCAGCCUUCCAGAGUUCUGUGCGGGGGCGGGGGGAUAUACUAAGAUACAGCUUUGCUGUAUUUUAACCAGGAAUUGUGGGGAGGGGGUAUCUGGAAAAAAAAUUAGUCUCUAUUCCCUUUAUUGAAACAAAACUGGAAAAUAUCAAGGGGGGGAUACUUUGUUUUCAGUUCAAGCAACAUUGUUUUUCAUUGGUCCAGGCCAUGUUCACUGUGAACGAUGGGGACUAGAAUUUGAAUGGGGGGUGGGAUGGGAGGGAAAAGAAACAUGGGGUGUUUUUUUUUUUUUUUUUUUGAACUGGUAACCGGCAAAUGUCCAGUGGAGCUCAGAUUUUGAUUUGGUAUGUGUCUGUUUACACAAGUAUGUGAGAGAUGGCUGACAGUAUUGGUGUCAGAGGGCAGAAGAUGAAUGAUAAAAUCCUACUUACUUUUAAAGAGAUAAUUGGCUCAAUAAAAGCUCCCUGGGACUAGAGCUUUCCUGUUCACAUUC